UGGGAAAACGGUUCGCGCGAAGCAGGGAGUGCUCAUCCGGUAAAUGAGGUGCUGAUCCAGCGAGGGAAUCGCUCAGCAUAUCUUCGCCAAUCUAUUUCUUUGUGUUGACAUGUAUGAAAAGAACAAGCAAUAAUUUAAUGGACUGGACAAUGUCGACGAAUUUUUAUUUUUCAAAUGACCAGAUUCUUCGCCGUUCUCCAGCACGGACAGUGCCAAUGAUUCUUCUCCAUCCUCGGAGAGCGAUGUCGCGUGGUCGCCCAGCGUACCCCUGCCGCGACCCCUGCCUCAUGCUAUUCCGCACCUUCGCAGUCGCGGCAAACCCAUCCGUCCAGAUGUUCGGGUAUUUUGUGCGUUUUGGUGUACGUAGUUGUAGAUGCGUUGAUGGAGUUUGGGUCACAAUUACUUCACCACCAGGUUUGAUAAGCUACUUCGCUCUUUCUAUAAAUGUUGGCAGAUUUUUUGUUGCCUUUUGGGAUUUGCCAAGUCCCCGCUCGUAGAAAUGAAUAAGAAGACCAAGAACUAUUGAUUACUACCCCACGUCAGGGAAUCACUUACGUGCCCGGCUGGAAGUACAUGAAGUUGUUCUUGCUGGAGAAGGCGCGCUCAAAGGAUAAGCUUGAGGAUGAACACGCACGAAGAGGGUUGGUGAGCUACGAGGACCAAGAUAAUGUCUACGUUUUGAAGAAGAAAGUGUUCGGCACGCGUAAGGUCCCAGUACCAUCAAAGGAC